AUGCGAGAGGAAGGACAGAGGGAAGAAGGGGAUCUGGAGGGAGGAGCGGAUCUGGCGGGAGAACGGAGUGGAGAAGGGGCUCUUGAGGGGAGGACAGCGGGAAGGAGGUCGCGAGGGAGGAGUGCGGGAAAAUAG